UUUAAAUCUUUAAAUUAUGAGCAAAAAGGAUAAAGAUUAUACAGGGUAAUUUGUUAUUUAUAUAAAUUCAAUUUAGAUUUCCUGGUGAUUGCAAUCAAACUUAACUUAAGGCUUUGGCUGAUUUUAGAAACAUUGUAAAUAACAUGGGAUUAAGCGAUAAAAUUUAUGAUGAUCCAUAUCUCUUGAGGUUUUUAAGGGCAAGAAAAUUUGAUAUUGCCAAAACUCAACUCAUGUUUAAUGAUUUUAUUAAAUGGCGUAAAGAACACGAUGUUGAUAACAUUAUGGUAAUAUUUAAAUUAACUUAGACUUAUAUGUUUGAAGAAUUACCAUAAGUAAGAACCCACUAUCCUCAUGGCUAUCACAAAACAGAUAAAAUGGUAUUCAAUUUAUAAUCUAUUUAAGGGGAGACCAAUCUACAUUGAAAGAAUUGGAAUGUUAUAAUUAAAUAAACUCUUUGAAAUCACUUCUGAAUAAAGGUUAAUCAAAUAUUAUAUUCAAUCAUAUGAAUUAUUACUAAAAAGAAUAUUUCCAGCAUGUUCUUAAGCAAAAGGAAAAAGAGUUGAUUAAACCUUCACUAUUUUGGAUUUAAAAGGAGGAUCAAUGAAGAUGGUUUCUAAAUAAGUGUAUAACUUCAUUUAGUUAGCAUCUAAUGUUGGUUAAAAUAAUUAUCCUGAAAUAUUAGGAAAGUAAAUAUAAUAAAAUAUUAAUAGAAUGUAUAUUGUGAAUGCUCCAAUGAUGUUUACUGGCAUUUGGGCUAUGAUUAAAAUUUGGUUAGAUGAAAAAACAAAAAAUAAGAUUACAAUUUUAGGUUCAAGUUAUAAGGAUGAAUUAUUAAAACAUAUAGAUAUAGAAAAUCUACCUGAUUUUUUAGGUGGAAAUUCAAAAUGUGAAAAUACAGAUGCUCUUUCUUUGAACAUUGGUCCUUGGAAUCCUGAUGGUACUAAACCACUCUUUCCAGUUGAAUAACCUUAAUAAUAAGAGUAUUAAAUAUAAUAAUGAAAAUAGAGAAGAGACAUAAUAAUUUAAUUAAACAUAAGAAGAUGAAGAUUAAAAAUAAAAAUUAGAUUAAUUGAAAUCUGCAUUAGCUGACAUGUAAUUUGCAUCACCAACUGAAAAAGCUCCACAUAAUCCUAAUAAAUAUGAAGUAACAACUUAAAAUAAUCACAUUGUUAGUGAUACUCCUCUAAAUACAGAAGUGGUAAAAAUAUAGUAUUAUUCUAGGGUGAAGAAGACAAUCAAUUUUCAUAAUAAUAAUAAUAAUAAUUACAAUAAUAAUUAUAAUAGGAAUGAUGGAGACAUCAAAAAUAUAUAUAAGUUACAUAUUAAAAUUUAUUAUUGCC